AUGAGGCACCACACUAGUGGAUCUCAAGUUGCUUUUCCAAAGUACCAUUUCUGGGCGAAUCAUCAGCAAAACAAGGAUUUGCCGAUGCUCUCCAGCAGCGAUGACAGCAAGAAAAUGCCCUCAUCUCCAGUUCUCCGCCUCAAAGUCGAUGGAAACGUCCCUCAGACGAUGCGAAAUGUCAUUUUUGAAUCAACAGCGAAUUUCAACCCUUCAUCGAGAUUUUAUGUCGUCUGUAUUCCCAUCAGCGAUAAUUUGGGUGUAAUUGCGAAUAAUUCAAACAUUGUUUUGGGAAAAAAUCUAACGAUCGAAGAUGCUGCUUCUUUUUGUGUUUCAAGGGGAAUGGAAAUUCUGCCCUUUACUGAUCUCAUUUAUGCGAAGAUUUUUUCACUUUUUAUUGAAUCAAAGUUUGGCUGCGCUCCUUUCGCUAGAAGAUGCGACAUGUCCAUUGAAAAAGAACGAGCUGUGAUAACUGAUGCUGAUGGAAGAGCGAAUUUUUUCAGCGCCGGACUUUUUUACGAAGUCUUUGAUUUAGUCCACAAGUACGAACGCCCCGACCGGUCGCUUGGAAAGGUUGAUGAAAGCUGGAGGAGCUACCCUUACGCACUUCUCUGGACGAAAGAAACCGUCGAAAAAGUCGGGCCUUGGUGGAUCUCUCCCUUUUCGGAAAAGUCAUUCGCAAUUUGCAAACAAUCACCGAAAAGAGGUCAAAAUCCUUCAAACAAGCCAUUUUCCGGGCCGAAAUUUCCCGAGCCGAUUCCGACAAAUGGAGCAUCGCGAGAAUCUUCCUCUUUCAUUUUCUUUUCCAUUCUGGUUUCACUCUUUUUGACAGAUCGUGUCAACCAAUUUAUCUUUCUUUGA